AUGGACUCCACUCCUGUUAACGGCGGCGGAAAACAAAGUUCAAAUCCAUCCAAAGAAUUUCCGAACCCAAAGAAACCCAGCGGAAUUAGACACCCGACCGUCUAUGAUGCAGUUGCCGGACGCAUAUCGGUAACAGGAUUCAUCCCCAGUAAACCUUUGAUCUCAUGCAGUCGAGAUACAUCUCGUUCCUCGAGAACCGCGCUUCCCCCAGAACAAGUACUUUUUCGAAGCAGGAAGGCGCCUACGCGAUUCGCUGAGUGUGACAUAUACUUUUCCAACGAGCGGCACGAUACCUCUGACUUACCAAGUUCGGAUCUGCUCAAAGCACUGCAUAGUUAUUCGUCCAACUAUUACUCAAAAGCUACGGCAGAUAGAGGCGUGGAUGACUGGCAGAGCUUGGAUGGGUCUGCCCUGCUGGCCUUGGGGAUAUUGGCAGAAGAGCUAAUGCGGGAAAGCGUCGGAAGCACGGGCGAUUUAGCUCUGGCCGAGGGCGAUGGGAUGUGUGGAGUAUUGGAAUCAUCGUCAAACCAGACAUCUAUAUCUCGAUCUGAGCCAGCCAAAAAGAAGCGGAGGCUGGACAUAAUUUCGGACUUUGACUCGGACUAA